AUGCGCAAGAGAAAUAAGAUUAAACUCAAGCUCCCGACACAUUCUGCAUCCGAUGAUAAUAAUGAUAAUGAUAAUGACCUGCAAUCGAUAACAAGACCAAGUUCACAGAUACGUCCUAAACAAAACUUAAAAAUUUCGAUUUUGAAUGAAGAAGAUGACCAACUAGAUAUGGGGCUUUUGGAACUAGAUGUAAAACUAAAAAAUAGAACGAAAAAGCACCCGACUCUGGUAGCUUUACAGAAUCACGAAGACGACGGUGACGACAACGAAGAUCAGAAGGGACAUGACUAUACAGACCUGUUCGUCAUAUCUAAAGAACCAAAACAUGUACAAGAAAAGAUAAUAAAUUUAGAGGGUAUAUCUGAUGUUGACGAUGGCGAUGAAUCUGAGCUGAAAGAAAAGGUCCAAGAAAUGAGGCGACACAAGAUAGUGAUGGAUCAAAAAUACAGAACAAGUCAUACCGGGUUUUAUGACCAUGCAGAAAAGAGUUUAGAGUAUGAUGAAAAGGCGUAUGUGAGGUUACUUGACAGCGAUGACAAGGAGCAAUUGAAUGAGAUAUUGGGGAAACGAAGAACGAAUACCCCCCCGGGGAAAUAUGCACAAGAGUUUGAUGACGAUGCUGCUGCUGCUACUAUGGUGGAAGAUGAAAAGCUUGCGUUAACUAAGUCUGAAGCCAUUGAUCAGACCCUAAGGAGGAAAAAAGAGAUCGAGGCUGCCUUGAACCAUCACGACGAUGAGGGCGAUGAGUGGGAAACAACUCAGCUAAAUAAGUUUGAUAAAACAACAAAUUCUACGCUCAAGAGACAGCUCCCACGUAGAUUUAAAGCCCAAGCGGAGGAUAUCCAUACCAUUGAAGAGAUGCUCCAGACCCUUUUGCCUUCGAAUGCUAGCAUCAGGAUAUCGUUGUUGCAAAAACAGCUCGAUUUAGUGCAGGCUGAACUUGCUGCCCUAAAUAUAAGAAAAGUUGAUUUACUGAACAAAGUGAAGACAAGUGUCGUAGAUGAAAAUUUUGCCUAA